AUGAGCCACCGCACUUUGGAUAUCUCUAGCAUUUCAGCCAAGGACUUGAAGUUGAAGAAAGUGAGUUGUUUCUCCAACAAGAUGGGCUUGUAUGCCACCGUUUCUAUUAACGGUUCCAGCAACUCCUCUGAGCAAAAGACACCGAUUGACAAAAACGGAGGCAGCAAUCCAAUAUGGAACUCUCCCAUGAAGUUCAUCAUCAACGAUGUUCCUGCAGCCCAGCAGACCAUUGUGGUGAAGCUCAAGGCCAAGAGGAUCAUCCGAGACAAAGUUAUUGGCCGAGUCCGUGUGCCCAUGAAGGAACUGUUGGAUAAUUAUGGUGAUUCAAAGGGUGAAAAUCAUAUCAGCUAUACUGUUGUUACCCCCAGUGGGAAGGCCAAAGGGGUACUGGACCUUCGGUUGAAGUUUGGGGAGCUGGUAAAUUAUCCAACUGGACCUGGUCAUGGGGUUGUGGAUGUAUAUCAACACCCACCUACACCUGCUUAUGGCGGGUACCCACCACCUGCACCUGCUUAUGGCGGCGGAUACCCGCCUGCUCUGGCUUAUGGUGGUGGGUACCCGCCUGCACCGGCUUAUGGGGGAGCUUAUGUUCCUGCACCUGGAUAUGGUCCUUAUAGUUAUAUGCCAUACACUGCUCCGGCUGCACCGGUGCAGCAGCCACAUCAACGUGUCAUUCCUGGCCUUGUGGCGGCCGGGGUUGAAGCGGUGAUCUUUGGUGCAGUCAAGGGCUUAGUCACCGAUACUUUUUUUGGUGAUGGUAAUGGUUUCAAUUUUUGA